UCUACCUCAAACACACGCAACCCAGGGCGAAGACGGGAGGCUGCUCACGACCCGGUGCGCUGCGUUUCGUCCUCCACUAAUGCCUCCUUUGGUUUGAUUAGUCAUACUGGAUCGAUAAUCUCUCUAGGGCAGACCAUCGGUGGCAUCUCUCCAACACGUAUCGACCCUUGACUGGAUAAAAGCGUGCAGGUUUUGGGGGAUUCAGGGGAGUCCGACAUGUCCCUCCUCUGCGCCCUGUGCUCACCAGCAGCGCCGAUCUUGUCAUCGGCCACCGUAGGGACGUGUGUGCGCUCCAUGCGCUGCAGUUGAACUUCACUCUCCUCCGUGACAGACCCUGGAUGUCGACACAAUAGCCACAACGCAGAUUGCGCGUAAAUCCACGCGUGGCAGUACGGCUUUGAAUGGAAACGCCAACAAGUGGAAACUGGUAAUGUAGCCUAUCCUUAUGCCGGGACCCUGACACGUGGAUUUGACCAGUUCAAUUAAAUGUGACGCGUUGAGCUUGCGAUUUAACAACCCACGUACCCAGCGACAUAUGGUCUGGGAUCGCACAUCUGAAGCCAUCGAGCCGCUGCUUCUCCACGGCGCAUCAUCGGCGGGGCUGGAGCGGAAAGAGCCGGGAACACUGAGGAAUGCGGAGCCGGGACUUAGUCUUUACCAGCUCACCUGCGGAACUCUUCGCAGCCAACACCAAACCGUCAGACGCAGCCGGGGAGCCCGCCACAGAGCACCAUGCUGAGGCAGAUCCUCCUCAACUCCACCGACAGCCCGGACUUCGACCUGGUGCUCAUGGCCCAGUCCUCCACGCAGGCCCCCUCUUCCCUGAACGCCUCCCACGGCGGCUCGGUGAGCGUGGCCGCCCUGCUGCGACCCACCGCGGGGCGAGGCGGCGGGCUGCGGGAUGGCGAGCUCCACAAACCGGACCUGAUCACCUACCUGGUCAUGUGCCUACUGCUCUUCCUGCUGGUGCUGCUCAUCGUGUUCUUCAUCAACUGCCAGCUGCGGAACUCCUUCUUCGCCUCCAUGCCAUAUGACAGGUCGCUGAGAGAGGCCCGGACCACCUACAAGUAAGGCUGGACCCGCUGGGAUGGACCCCUGCGACCC